AUGUCGAGCCAAAACGAAGGUAUACCAUUCUAUAAUGCCCCCGACAGCUCCGGUUUUCGUUUAAUUGAGCUUCCCGCCGAACUCGAGGCCCUGCUCGAGGGUCCCAGCCCGCCCGUCCUCUACUUGGAGCCCGGCGCCGAUGACAUGGUCACGCUUAGAAGCCCCGAGCAUACCUACAGCGUCAGACAGAAGAGCACGUCCAACGGCCUGUUCCUCAUCAAGCCAUACACGCCUGAUACGGCGUCUCCUCAACAAGGUAUCGCUGCUGUUGCUACUAUCAAAGAGACGGUUGAGCUUGAGCGCGUUAAUAAAACGAUCAUCGUGGAUCGGGCACCAAAUACCAAAAGUCGUGGUAAAUGGCAUGAGAAGUUUGGUCGCGCGCGGUAG